UUUUUUUAAUUUGUCAAAACAUUUCAAAAACAAUCUGCAGCGCCAUUUUCUUCGACUUUGGCGGGAGCUGACGCCGGCAUUGUCGAUCUCUCGUGAAUUUACAAGGAUUUUCGAUUGAAAUUAUGGGUGAUAAGGACGGAGCUGAAGCAUUCGACGAUGCCGUAGAGGAGCGCGUCAUAAAUGAGGAAUAUAAAAUAUGGAAGAAAAAUACACCCUUCCUGUAUGACUUGGUCAUGACCCAUGCCCUCGAAUGGCCUUCGUUGACUGCCCAGUGGCUUCCGGAUGUCACCAGGCCUGAGGGAAAGGAUUACUCAAUCCACCGGCUCAUCCUUGGCACGCACACCUCGGACGAGCAGAACCACCUUUUGAUUGCCAGCGUCCAGCUCCCGAACGAGGAUGCCCAGUUCGACGCUUCUCAUUAUGAUAAUGAAAAAGGAGAGUUUGGUGGAUUUGGUUCCGUUAGUGGAAAGAUCGAGAUCGAAAUUAAGAUCAAUCACGAGGGAGAGGUGAACAGGGCGAGGUACAUGCCUCAAAACCCCUGCGUCAUUGCCACGAAAACACCGUCAAGCGACGUGCUUGUUUUUGAUUACACCAAACAUCCUUCGAAGCCUGACCCCAAUGGAGAAUGCCACCCAGACCUUAGAUUGCGAGGUCACCAGAAGGAAGGCUAUGGACUUUCAUGGAACCCCAAUUUGAAUGGCUAUCUGCUCAGUGCUUCGGACGACCACACCAUCUGUCUGUGGGACAUCAACGCCACCCCCAAGGAAAACCGCAUCAUUGACGCCAAGACCAUUUUCACUGGCCACACGGCCGUCGUCGAGGACGUCGCUUGGCACCUUUUGCACGAGAGCCUUUUCGGCUCUGUGGCUGACGACCAGAAGUUGAUGAUCUGGGACACGAGGUGCAACAACACAAGCAAACCGUCUCACACUGUUGAUGCCCACACAGCCGAGGUCAACUGCCUCUCCUUCAACCCGUAUUCCGAGUACAUCCUGGCCACUGGCAGUGCAGACAAAACCGUUGCCCUCUGGGAUUUGCGAAACCUGAAGCUGAAGUUGCACUCGUUUGAGUCGCACAAGGAUGAGAUCUUCCAAGUACAGUGGUCUCCCCAUAACGAGACCAUCCUUGCCUCCAGUGGCACUGACAGACGUCUGCACGUCUGGGACCUGAGCAAAAUUGGAGAGGAGCAGUCCAGUGAGGAUGCUGAAGACGGCCCUCCUGAACUUCUGGUUUGUCUCUUUUCUAAAUUAAUUGUGCUGGAAACUCAUUUCAAUUUUCAUAUGCAGUUCAUCCACGGUGGACACACAGCUAAAAUAUCCGACUUCUCCUGGAAUCCAAAUGAACCAUGGGUCAUUUGCUCUGUCUCUGAAGAUAACAUAAUGCAGGUGUGGCAAAUGGCCGAGAACAUCUACAAUGACGAAGAGCCAGAGGCAGCAGCUUCAGAGAUGGACACUGCUGCUUCGUAAAUGGGAUUGAUCACAAAUUUUACCACUUUCCACAUUUCUAGUGUAGUUAUUACAUGUGUCUUUUUUGUGGCGUUCUCCACGUUUUAACUGCAUCUCACUGAACAGUACAUACUCGAUAAGUGAAGUAAUUUAUGUUUCAUUUCAUGAGGAAAUUUAGUCUUAAAAAUGGAGUUGUAUCAUGAUGGAGAUAAUCCUAAGCAUUAAACUUGGAGGAAGAUAGAAAAUUGA